AUGGGAUGCCAUGGUAUCGUAAGAGAUAGUGAUUACCCUCCUCGAAUUCCACCCACUCCUGAUUCUCUCAAAUCUUUAGUCCCUUCUUUUGAUUCUAGUGAACCUUUAGUCCCACCAAGGAGGUCACUAGUCCCCGCUCACAGGUCUCCACCCAAUAGGAAUCAGAAUCCAUUCCCACUGUUUUGUUAUUUGGAAGAUUAUAUAGUUGUUAAUGGUUUGGAAAGAAUUAUUGUUGGUCUUAUGAACGGUCCUGGGGUUGGGAGUAUCAAAAUGUAUGAAUCGUUGAAGGAAUGGUCUCUUCCUAGAGCUAAAUCUAUAUUCGAUUUGUCAUUUCUCCACCCAUAUGAGUUGAUAGCUUUGGAUAGAGCAGCAGAAAAAAUGGAAGCCGUGAAACAUCCAGUGUUAAUAGUUGCUUGGUGCCCGAGUAGGCGAUACUUUAUCAUACAGAAUACUUAUGAUGAGGAUUGGGUUGCGGUGGAAGAUGCUCUGCCUCUUUUUGAAGAUGUCACUUUAUCUCCGGCUGAACAAGAGAGAUACGAUUGGCUUUGCAAGCUGGUGAAAUGGACAGAAUCCACCAUGCCCGGCGCACCUCCUCCCCCUUCCCCUUUUCCCUUACGUGCAGGUGUAAAAUAG